AUGUCUGCCUCGAUCCAAACCGUCCCCACCACCGCCUUCCACGACCAGAAGCCUGGUACCUCUGGCUUGAGAAAGAAGGUCACCGUGUUCAAGCAACAGCACUACACGGAAAACUUCAUUCAAGCCAUCUUGGAUGCCAUUCCCGAAGGCUCCCAGGACGCCACCCUCGUGGUCGGCGGUGACGGUAGAUACUACAACGACCAUGUCAUCCAGUUGAUCAUCAAGAUCGCAGCCGGAAACGGUGUCAAGAAGCUCAUCAUCGGUCAGGACGGCUUGCUUUCCACCCCUGCCACCUCCCACAUCAUCCGUAUCAAGAGCGCUACCGGUGGUAUCAUUUUGACUGCCAGUCACAACCCCGGUGGCCCAGAAAACGACUUGGGUAUCAAGUACAACUUGGGUAACGGUGGCCCUGCCCCAGAGUCCAUCACCGACAAAAUCUACGAAUUCUCUACCAAGUUGACCCACUACAAGUUGGUUGACUUAGACGAAGUCGACAUAGGAAAAAUCGGCACUGUCCAAGCUGGUCCCCUCGAGAUCGAAAUCAUUGACCCCGUCCAGGACUACGUCGACAUGUUGAAGGAGAUCUUCGACUUCCCUCUCAUGAAGUCUUUUGUUCAAAAGGUCAAGGCCCAGAACUUCAAGGUGUUGUUCGAUGCCUUGAACGGUAUCACUGGUCCAUACGGCCGCAGAGUCUUUGUCGAUGAAUUGGGCUUAUCCGAAGAUUCUGUUCAAAACUCCAAGCCAUUGCCAGAUUUCGGUGGUUUGCACCCAGAUCCAAACUUGACCUACGCCCACACUUUGGUAGAAAGAGUGGAUAAGGAGGGCAUUGCCUUUGGUGCAGCUUCUGAUGGUGAUGGUGACAGAAAUAUGAUUUACGGUGCUGGUACCUUCGUUUCUCCAGGUGACUCUGUUGCUAUCAUUGCCGAAUACGCCGACUCUAUCCCAUACUUCAAGAAACAAGGUGUUUACGGUUUGGCUAGAUCCAUGCCAACCUCUGGGGCCAUUGACUUAGUUGCAAAGGCAAAGGGCCUCCAAGUUUACGAAGUGCCAACUGGAUGGAAGUUCUUUUGCUCGUUGUUUGAUGCCAAGAAGUUGAGCAUUUGUGGUGAAGAAUCUUUCGGUACUGGUUCCAACCACAUCAGAGAAAAGGAUGGUUUAUGGGCUAUUGUUGCUUGGUUAAAUGUUUUGGCUGAUUACCACCAAAAGAACCCCGACUCUCCAACCUCCAUCAAAGUUGUCCAAAACUCGUUCUGGGAAAAAUACGGUAGAACCUUCUUCACUAGAUACGAUUACGAAAACGUUUCUGGGGAAGGUGCUCAAAAGGUCAUAGAUUUGUUAACCGAUGUGGUGAACAACAAGAAGCAAGGAGACGAGUUAGCCCCAGGCUACGUGAUCAAGGAAGCUGACAAUUUCUCAUACACUGACUUGGACGGAAGUGUUUCCAAGAACCAAGGUCUUUUCGUCAGAUUUGAAAGCGGGUUGCGCUUCAUCGUCAGAUUAUCUGGAACUGGUUCCUCUGGUGCCACUGUCAGAUUAUACUUGGAGAAGUACUCCGACGACAAAUCCACCUACCAAAAGAAGGUGGAUGACUUCUUGGCUGAUGAUGUCAAGUUUGUGUUAGACUUAUUGAAGUUCAAGGAACUGUUGGGCAGAGAUGAACCAGAUGUCCGUACCUAA